AUGACGGCGCCGCUCGGCCUCCCCCCGCGCUGGCCCGACGGCCUGGCCUGCCGCUGCGAGGAAGCCCCGCGGGAGAAAAACCGCAUGGAGGGCUUGGGGCACUGCCGGGAGGUGUUGCCCCCCCCGCCGCCGCCGCCGCCGGGGCUCGCCGUGCCCCCCGCGCCGCCGCCGCCGCCGCAGGGAGCGGCGUACGCCGAGCUGGCGGCCGCCGAGCCCCCCCGGCAGUGCCCGUCGGGGGCGGCAUCCAGCGCGGCGCUGGGCUACGGGUACCCCUUCGGGGGCGGCUACUACGGCUGCCGCUUGUCCCACUCGCACGGCGUCAACCUGCAGCAGAAAACCUGCGCCUACCACCCCGGGGAAAAGUACCCCGAGGCCGGCGGGCCGCUGCCCGGCGAGGAGCUGCCGUCGAGGGCCAAGGAAUUCGCCUUUUACCCCGGCUUCGCCAGCUCCUACCAGCCGGUCCCCGGUUAUUUGGACGUGUCGGUGGUCCCGGGGCUGGGCGGCCACCCGGAGCCGCGGCACGACGCUUUGCUUCCCAUGGAAGGUUACCAGCACUGGGCUCUUUCUAAUGGCUGGGACGGCCAAAUGUACUGCUCCAAAGAGCAAUCGCAGUCUGCACACCUCUGGAAAUCACCUUUCCCAGACGUGGUCCCCCUGCAACCCGAAGUCAGCAGUUAUCGGAGGGGGCGAAAGAAGAGGGUCCCUUACACCAAAAUCCAACUGAAGGAGUUGGAGAAGGAGUACGCGGCCAGCAAAUUCAUCACCAAAGAGAAGCGGAGGAGGAUUUCGGCCACCACCAACCUGUCCGAGCGCCAAGUGACUAUCUGGUUCCAGAACCGGAGGGUCAAGGAGAAGAAGGUGGUGAGCAAAUCCAAGACAGCACACCUCCACACGACCUGACAGAGGAAGCUUUGCAGGGAGGGCGAGGAAAGGAAGCAAGAAGCGUAAAUAUUUAUCUGGUAGCUUGUAUGAUAACAUCAUCGGGACUCUGCUGAUUCGAAUUCAUUAUUUAAAAAUCGACAUUAAAAAAUGCACACACACACACACCCCAAAACACUGAACGCAUCUUUGAUUUAUCCCUCUGUCCCGCUCUGA